AUUAAAUUGUGAAAAAGCGGUAAUCUUUCGCAAAAAAUAAAAAAACGCAACAAGUGGGCUGUGUAGGUGUGCGUAAAUUAAGUGAAUUGUUUUCCCAAUUAGAUAAAUAACGGUGUAAAGGUGAAACUGGAAAAUCAGCCAAGCAGAGCAAUAAGAUGCAACCAUAAGAUACAAACACGCAUACACACUUAUACAUGGAUAGAUUUGUUUUGCGCAACAAGUGUUUAAUCAAUUAAAUUCAAUCAAACAAACAAACGAACAAAUUUGAGUCUAAACACGUUCUCGUUCCACUGUGUAUGUGUUAGGCCGGUUUAGUCAUCAAUCUUUAGUUCUGAGAAUUGUCUCUUUCGCUCUCCCUCGCACUCACACACAUACAGAUGCAACAGCUGUUGGGUGCAAUGCCGCCGACGCUGACGCCGCUGCCGCCGUUUAACUUGAACUGCGUACUUAAAAUCGUCGACCGCCGCCGAUAAGAUAUAUGUAUGUACCUCUAUCGACUAAAAAUUCGCAAAAGUUAAAACCUAAAACAAAGCAAAAAAAAAAGUGUUUAUCUUAUCGCUCGCCCCAGUUGGCCAUUGAUUGGUGUUUUCCGCUGCGGUGAAGUCAUUACUACCAUUUUUUGUUGUGUAUCUAAUGCCCCAAGUGUGUUCCCAAGACAUAACCAAUACAUAUAUCCAGUUUGUCUAAAUUUAGACAGAAUCUAAGGAGAGGCAAAAAGAAUUAUUCACCAAACAAGGCAAUCGUAAAUCACACACACAACUUUAGCUCCAGCUCCAACUUCUUCUUCAAAAUGGACAUAGAAUCCGAUUCAGACACCUCGGAGCGUUGGGAGGACUUUUUUGGCAGCACCACAGAAUUGGCACCUUCGCUGCUGGGCAUCUAUGACACAUUGACGAACAGUUUGGCCGGCAGCCUCGUAGCAGCUCCAACUGUGUCAGCAUCGACAUCAACGAGUGGCCAGUCGACGCCCAAACGGAGUAAUAGCAACACCAGCACCGCCAGCUCCAGCAGCUCCCACACUAGCUGCACUUCGUCCAGCUGCAGUGUCACCAGUGAUGAAAAAUCGUCCAGUUAUACGCUGGUAAGUGGCACCGGCGGUGGUGGUCAGCAAUCGAACACACAAUCGAAUGUGCCGCUGCCUCUGGUCGUUGCCGGGCUACGUGACGAGCCAGAUGGCGCCCAACUGAGUCGCUUUAGUGUGGUUCAUCGGCAUCAGGAGCUGGGCGGCAGUAGCUCUAGUCUAGCCUCGAGCGGAAGCCGUCGUGGCAAUAACAUACGUGUCCUCUCGCCCAACGUCCAAAGGAUAAUCACGCAUGCCGAUGCUGUGCCAGUCGAUGCUGUUGAUCUUGAGGCAUUGCAGCAGCCGCAGCAGCAACAGAGAAGUCCCACUCCAGGGCGUUAUAUCAAGAGCUCACCGGUGAAUCAGUCCACCAGUUGUGGAGCAACCAAAUUGAAACUAUCCCAUAUACCUCUGUCGAAAAUAACUGGGAAAAUAUCAACACAAUCGGGCAGUGAGUUGGUCCCGACUUUCGAAUCACAUAAUGAGUAUGUGAACACCUUGAAUUACAUGGUCUCGGAAAAGGGCAGGAUAUCAACGUCAUCGUCAACGGGAUCGUCGCCAGUGAACGACGACGAUAAGACGCCCACAAAUAAAGCUGCUCCUGGGACACCUUUUCUUUUCGAGGGUCAUCCGUUCGGUCAACGCAAACUAACUCUGCCGAGGCAGCAGAGCAUCAAAUUGAUUGAAAUGGAGCAACUGGCGGCAACUGCAACGCAGCUGCAACACGCUCAACCUGCCACACCGGCCACCCCAACGAUUAGGGCCAAGGAAUUUGUGGUGGCCAGUGAACCUCUAAGUCCUGUGGAUAUAACCGAUACCAUUAAUUUUGAUUUGGUGGCCCAGCAUAUAGAGCAGUUGACUCUGGCCGAUCUGGGUGCAGAUGAACCGCAUAAUUUGGAACUAAUCGAGGCUAUUAACAAGCCUCUGAUUAGCAAGCCGCUGGUGAGAAGUUCUUCGGCUGCUUGUGCCUCUUCUCCGCUCCGAACGUAUGCCCGCACCAAGAGCCUUAAUGUGAAGGCCAACACUUUGGGUGGCGGUGUCCCACUUAAACUGCCAACGGCUGAACAAUUGGCCGAGUUGGAAGAGGCCAACAAAUUGUCAGCCGAGAGUCUAGAUCGCUUGACUGAUAUCAAACCAAAGUCGUCUGCCCGACUCUGUGAGUUGGCACGCCCUUACAAUCGUCCAUUGUCCUCCUCCUCAAUCUGUUCCACCUCCUCAUCAUCGAGCUCUGGCUCGGAUCAGUUGCUCAAUGGCAAACUGACUACCUCAUAUCUGGCCAGCAUGGAGAGUCUGGCUGAGAGUGAGAAUGGUCUUGGGGAUCCACAUCAUCCGCAUAUAGUCACCAUGAGUGUCCUAGAGAGAGCCUCUCUAGAAAUUCUCGACUCGGAGCGAAGUUAUGUCGAGGAUUUGGGUCAAGUCAUCAGAGGUUACCUACUCGAUUGGAAAGAACGUGCCUGUUUGCGUACAGACGAAUUGCAAAUACUCUUUGCCAACAUAGAAGAGAUUUACGAAUUCAAUUCAAUACUAUUGCAACAGCUCAUGAACUCGGGAAUGGAACCGGGAAAGAUAGCCAAAUGUUUUAUCGAUCUACGCGAACGUUUUGAUGUGUACACAACCUACUGUACAAGCUACCCGGAAGCCAUUUCACUGUUGACCAAACUGCUGCAGGCAACGCACACGAAUGCGUUAUUGGCCUCCACGCAGAAGCUGUUGCAACAUCGUCUGCCCCUUGGCUCGUAUCUGCUGAAGCCAGUGCAGCGCAUCUUGAAGUAUCAUCUGCUGCUCGACAGCCUACGUAAGCAUUGCGAUGUCAAGGAGGUGGCCGAGGCGUAUGCCAUAAUGCGUCAGGUGGCCCACAAUAUUGACCAAGUGAAACGUAAACAAGAGCAACAAAGUCGUGUUAAGGAACUGUCGGGCAUCUUGGAUGGUUGGCUUGGACCAGAGUUGACCGUUUUGGGUGAACUACGUCAAGAGGGUCUACUGAUGGAGACGCAUAAUAAACCACGUUUGGUCCUACUUUUUGCCACCAUGUUGAUCAUAACCAAGCAAAAGGAAGACGGCCGUUUGCAGUUCAAGACAUACAUCCAUCAAAACAAUCUGAUGCUGAGCGAACAUUUGCCUGGGGAGCCAACCAGCUUCUAUGUUAUACCCUUCGAUGAGCCGCGCAAUCAAAUCAAGCUGACAGCCAGAAAUCGUGACCUGAAGCGUGUCUGGACGCAGCACAUUAAAAGUGUCAUGCUGGAGAAGCUUGACAUACCCAUGCGAGCCAAGGAGCUUGUCUAUCAGCUGGGCAACGAGGAAGAUCGUACACCAGAUCGCAGCACUUGGAAAUGGAGUCUUCAUUCUAGCAGCAAUUCGACUCCAACUUAUUUAGAGCGACGCAAUGCCUGUCGUCGCAGUGAGAUACGUCAACGGAAUUCCAAAUUUAAGCGCAAAACUGUCACGAAUUCCACAUCCUUCGACAGUUUCAAUGAAUCGCUCGAGUCACAGGACCCUCAAACGCCACCAAAACCAACGAAACCUUUGUCACGUAAUAACAGUUUGGAUGACACUGCCCUGCAGAAGUUGGCAGCUGCCAUGCGUUAUAGAACUAGCAAGAGACCCGAGGAGGCAACCAUUAAGCAGGAACCAGAGAAGGAGUCCUGCAAAUGCAAUCAACAACAAGAGCAGGAGGAGUGUUCUUGCAUCUUGAGAGAUCAGCGCAAUGGACGCUCUAAAACCCAAUCACCUGUCUUCAGUUACAAGGCAUUGAAGGAGCGCAGUAAAUCAGUGCCUCGCAUAGGUGGCUUCGGUUUGGACGAGGAACCCGAGCAGGGCGAUGAUGGCGAUGCUGCCUCUCUGCGUGGCAGCAAACCCGAUCUCAGUGAACGCAAGACCAAAGGCAAGGGUUUCUUUGAGGUCAAGCAAUACAAUCACAAGACCAUGCCCAAGCGAAUAGCCACACUGAAGAAACAACGUCAUAGCACUAAACCCAAGGAGAGUUCAUCUAAAUUCUAUAUGGAUCUCAGUGAAUUUGAUAGCACAGUGCUAAAGAUAACCGAAUCGAGUGAGGAAUUGCGUGCCGAACAGGAAGUCGAAGUGGCUGAAGAGGCCAAAGAGUUGAACAAUGACGAGAGGGGCGACUAUUAUUGCACAGCCGAAGAGUCACGGUCAUUAACCUCGGCUGAGAAGUCCAAACGGGAUGCUCAAAUUGUAUUGGAUUUGCUUAAGAAUCAAAAGGAAUUCGAACGCAUCUAUAAUAAACAACAGAAGCGACGUGAGAGUGCCACAAGUCCCACUAGUCCCAGUCAGGAGAAGCCACCGUUGCCACCGCCACGUCCACCCUCACGUUCACCACCUCCGCUGGAGCUACCCGAUCCUGAGCAGGCUCGGAAGGAUCAAGUGGUGGAAGAGGAACCCAUCUAUGAGACUUUGUUGCGUAAUGUCCAUGUGCCAUAUAAAUUUUCACCAGUGCUGGGACGUUCCAAGACGGCUCAGCUUUUGAAGAAACGAGCCAAGUCAUCGGUAUUGCCCACCACCAGACCUGAAUCGGACUAUGUCACCUUGGUCUACUCACCUGAGGGAGUACUUCAGCGUGUGGGCGAGGAUUUGGUGCAGCGUGAGAGCUGCAGCUCUGAUUCCACUAGUUCCAGUUCAACCCUCAAACGCGAUAGUCAAAGUACAGUCAUCAAUUUGGCCUUGGACGGUGUGGAUUCAUCGUCAACAACAACAUCGGCAUCAUCCCGUACUACCAUACCAAAGAACCUAAUGAAACGUCUGCUUAACAAUAGCAAUCCGGAAACUGAACGCGAGGUAUCCAACUCGGAGAGCUCCUUGCUGCCAAGAGCUCUGCGUUCCAUUGACAAUCUAACCAUGGCAUUUGGUAGAUCGACCAAUCGUCCGCCCGAGAGACGUGUCUCCGAUGUCAGUGAGAUGUGUCGUCAGUCGAUAUUACAUCGCCAAGGCAGUCAGGCGGUGGGUGAACGCAUGGCCCAUGUGGACUAUGCCGAUCCCAAGACCCUAUUCACCAUCAUGGCCAUGGCCAGUUCGGAACGGGAUUCGGUCUUCUCGCUGACAUCGUCCUCAAGCGACAGCAUGUGUGAGCAUCAUCCACGCAAACGAUCGGUGGCCGAAUUGCCCACAAAUUUCGAGUAUGAGCAACAAGUUGAGGACAGUUUGGAGAACGAUUUUCGCGAUUCGGCUAUAUAUAGUGAUGACAACAAUGAUCUGAAACGUCCAAGUAGUCCACCACCGCCGCCGCCACACCGUCCACCGCAAAUUGCUCCAAAGCCUCAGUUAAGAAAGUCCCCGGAUGAGUUACCCGGACGUGGCAACGUUAUUGUCUGUCAGGCGGCAUCACGCAGUUGGGUUCUCCAGCAGAUUGAGAAUUUCAACAAGUGAACGAACCGAUUUGCCAUACAAGUAAUUCCUUUAUAGACAUUGUACAUAAUAAUAACUAAACUACUUUUUUAACUAUUUACACAUAUAUACAUACAUAUACACGUACAUACAUAAAGCGGCAAUAUUAAGUUAGUUUUAGUUACAUUAAUCGACUGUUUUAUAUCCAUGUAGAUGUCUUAGUUUUAGUCUAAAGUAAAGUCAUUUAAAUAAAUGUUCCAAAUAAAACGAAAAUUUCA